UAUACAUUUCUUUGGGACACCUUUCCUUCAUUGGAAAGUUAUAACCCACAUUAGCAUAUUAAAAGCUCUGAGAACUCCUCAAGAAACCAAUUUAACUUAGUAUUUUCCAUUUUUUUAUUGUGGUAAAAUAUACAUAACAUUUACCAUUUUAACCAUUUUUAAGUGUAUAGUUCUGUGGCAUUAAGUGUAUUUACAUUGUUGUACAACCAUCACUGUCUGUCUCUGGAAUAUUCCCAUUUUUGUAAACACAGAACUUUUUUUUUUUUGCUGGACAUCUACAAACUUUCCACAGAACAUUCUUUGUGAAAAGGUAGAAUGAGGAAAGCCUUUAAGAUCAGGUGAAAUAGAAACUGAGGAGUUGAAGGAUCUUACAGAAUGGGAUCUUUUUGAAAUAGAUAGCUUCCUGCCUCAUUCAUGUGAGAAUUUGGGUUUAAUGUUUAAGGUUGUACCAGAUUAUGUCCAUGGUGGUAAAAGCUUACUUGGGACCUAACUACAGCUGGUACCUGCUUAAAACAAAAGAAAGGUUGAAGGGCACAGGACUGUGGUUAGCCUAGCCUAGAUUGUAGUCUUAGUUCCUUUCUUCUCUCUCCAUACAUCUACUAUCUUAUCUCUAGUGUCUUCCACCCCCAUUUAGACUAUCCCAUACAAGUUAUGUCUUGAUUCCUCAUCUAUAUAUUUUCUUUCUUUCUGUUUGAUUCUGACUGCUGUUCCUGAGCUGCAUUAUUUUUGUUGCCAGAAUGUGAUGAAGUCUGGCUAUUUCCUGUAAUGCACAUUAGGUUGGGUUUAGUUUCACUCAGAAUUGGGUAAAUUACUAACUAUAAGAGAGAGCUGUUAGGUUCAUUUUAUACAUAUGAAAACAGAAGUACAGUUAUUGUUAGGAUUUUUCUAUGUCAUUUGAAAUGCAAAGAAAUCAGGAACUAAUUUGGAGAUUUUUGUAUUAGGUUUGGUCAUAUUAAAACUAUUUCUUGCUAUUGAGGCCAGAGAGCCCUGAAGUAUCCUCUUCAUUCUAGCUCUGCUGGGAGGCUGGUACCUUUGCUAGCUGUCUUGACUAAGUUCAAAAAGGGGUUUGUUGGGGAGACAGGGUCUUUGUAUUUCCUAGCAGUAUUUUAUGAGACAGUAUUCUGAAGAGAUCUGUUAUAGGACCAGCCUCAGUUACUUUGUGCUUGUGUGCUUUGUCUGUUUGAUCAUUUUUAAAACAUUGGUUCUCAUGGUUUACCUAGCAAAAGCAUUGGCUCAAGAGAGCUGUGGACAAAUAUGUUUAAUUAGUAAAGGUAAAGAAUUCUGUUUCCCCAGGUUGGUAUUUCUUUGGUAGCAAGUAAAUCUGCACAAGAACCUAAUUUAUAUUUUUUCUGUUAACUUUCUAUUUUGGUAGGAACUUGAUCUCAAAAUAGCAAUUAAGUCUUGUCGUCUAGAGCUGAGUACCAAAAACAGAGAACGGUGGUGCCAUGAAAUUCAGAUCAUGAAAAAAAGUUAUACUCCAUCCUUUCUGCCACAUUCUGUUUGUUAGAAAUGAGUCACUAAGUACAGCCCACACUCAAGGGGAGGAGAAUUAAACUCUUGAAGGGAGAAGUGGACAUAUUUUAAAACCUCCACAGGUUGAACCACUCCAACGUUGUAAAGGCCUGUGAUGUUCCUGAGGAAUUGAAUUUUUUGAUUAACGAUGUGCCUCUUCUAGCAAUGGAAUACUGUUCUGGAGGAGAUCUCCGGAAGCUACUCAACAAACCAGAAAAUUGCUGCGGACUUAAAGAAAGCCAGAUACUUUCUUUACUGAGUGAUAUAGGGUCUGGGAUCCGAUAUUUGCAUGAAAACAAAAUUAUACAUCGUGAUUUAAAGCCCGAAAACAUAGUUCUUCAGGAUGUUGGUGGAAAGAUUAUACAUAAAAUAAUUGAUCUGGGAUAUGCCAAAGAUGUUGAUCAAGGAAGUCUGUGUACAUCUUUUGUGGGAACAUUGCAGUAUCUGGCCCCAGAGCUCUUUGAGAAUAAGCCUUACACAGCCACUGUUGAUUACUGGAGCUUUGGGACCAUGGUGUUUGAAUGUAUUGCUGGAUAUAGGCCUUUUUUACACCACCUGCAGCCAUUUACCUGGCAUGAGAAGAUUAAGAAGAAGGAUCCAAAGUGUAUAUUUGCAUGUGAAGAGAUGACAGGAGAAGUUCGGUUUAGUAGUCAUUUACCUCAACCAAAUAGCCUUUGUAGUUUAAUAGUAGAACCCAUGGAAAACUGGCUGCAGUUGAUGCUGAAUUGGGACCCUCAGCAGAGAGGAGGACCUGUUGAUCUUACUUUGAAGCAGCCAAGAUGUUUUGUAUUAAUGGAUCACAUUCUAAAUUUGAAGAUAGUGCACAUACUAAAUAUGACUUCUGCAAAGAUAAUUUCUUUUCUCUUACCACCUGAUGAAAGUCUUCAUUCACUGCAGUCUCGUAUUGAGCGUGAAACUGGAAUAAAUACUGCUUCUCAAGAGCUUCUUUCAGAGACGGGAAUUUCUCUUGAUCCUCGGAAACCAGCCUCUCAAUGUGUUCUAGAAGGAGUAAGAGGCUGUGAUAGCUAUAUGGUUUAUUUGUUUGAUAAAAGUAAGACUGUAUAUGAAGGACCAUUUGCUUCCAGAAGUUUAUCUGACUGUGUAAAUUAUAUUGUACGGGACAGCAAAAUACAGCUUCCAAUUAUACAGCUGCGUAAAGUAUGGGCUGAAGCAGUGCACUAUGUGUCUGGGCUAAAAGAGGACUAUAGCCGGCUCUUUCAGGGACAAAGAGCAGCCAUGUUAAGUCUUCUUAGAUAUAAUACUAACUUGACAAAAAUGAAGAACGCCUUGAUCUCAGCAUCUCAGCAAUUGAAAGCUAAACUGGAGUUUUUUCACAAAAGCAUUCAGCUUGACUUGGAAAGAUAUAGUGAGCAGAUGACUUAUGGGAUAUCCUCAGAAAAAAUGUUAAAAGCAUGGAAGGAAAUGGAAGAAAAAGCUAUCCACUAUGCUGAGGUAGGUGUCAUUGGAUACCUGGAGGAUCAGAUCAUGUGCCUGCACACUGAAAUCAUGGAGCUACAGAAAAGCCCUUAUGGAAGACGGCAGGGAGACUUGAUGGAAUCUCUGGAACAGCGUGCCAUUGAUCUAUAUAAGCACUUAAAGCACAGACCUUCAGAUCACUUCUACAGUGACAGCACGGAGAUGGUGAAGAUCAUUGUGCAUACUGUGCAGAGUCAGGACCGGGUUCUGAAGGAGCUGUUUGGUCAUCUGAGCAAGUUGUUGGGCUGUAAGCAGAAGAUUAUUGAUCUACUGCCCAAGGUGGAAAUGGCCCUCAGUAACAUCAAAGAAGCUGACAGUACUGUCAUGUUUAUGCAGGGAAAGAGGCAGAAAGAAAUAUGGCAUCUCCUUAAAAUUGCCUGUACACAGAGUUCGGCUCGGUCCCUUGUAGGAUCCAGUCUAGAAGGUGCAGUAACUACCCCUCAGGCAUCAGCAUGGCUGCCCCCGACUUCAGCAGAACGUGAACAUCCUCUGUCAUGCGUGGUAACUCCUCAAGAUGGGGAGUCCUUGACACAAAUGAUAGAAGAAAAUUUGAACUGUCUUGGCCAUUUAAACACUAUUAUUCAUGAAGUAAAUGAGGAAAAGAGUAGUAGGAUGAUGAAUCUUGACUGGAGUUGGUUGACAGAAUGACUCGCCACUUAUUCACUGCACCCAAACCAAUGGAAGUUGUUGCUGCACGUGUUCAAAAUUGGUUUUCUCCAUGAAACCAUUCUUCAGACACUAAUCAAUGGAAGAAAUGGCUGUGAUCAAAAACUAUGCAUGGUUUUACAUGGGUAAUAUUUUGGCUUUGGGUAAUUUUAACCCCUGAACAGAUAGAAUUUUAUGUCCGUGAACUUGUUUAAAUACUACAACUAGUUAGGAGCGUCACUGCAACCUAUUUGUUUUUAAACUUUGUAAAACAUUACUUAACUGAUUAAAAAUACCUUUCAACAUUUAACUUUUGGGCAUAAGGCCAAAAGUAAUAUAUACAGAGAAGGAAACCUCAACUAACGUGUUCCAAGUAAACAUUGUUUGCGUGUGUUUCUGUGGCAGAGACAGUUCAGAAGUAAAAUUGUACUUCUUGAAGAAUAAACCCUACCUCCUUGUGUUGCCCUCAACAGUGCUCUUUUUGGCAUCAUAAGGAGUUGGGUCAUGCCCAUUUUCAAUUUUAUUACACCUUUGACAGUGCAUCUGUGCUGUUAAUAUCAGUGGGCUGUCAUAAGUGUGCUAUGUGUAUAUGUAUUUAAGAUGUACAUUUAGUAAUAUCAGAGAUGUCUGUUAAUUUAUAAUGUAUUUGAAAACUUAUCUGUCUUUUCAUUUGUAAAAAUGAGUCAUUUCUUUUAGGAAUCUUUCAUGUCUCGUCAUACAAAUAGAACAGUCUGCACUCCCUUAUCUGUAAUUCCAAAAUCUAAAAAGCUCUGAAAACAAGGUUUUUCAUAAGCUUGGUGACAAAACCCAUUUGCUGCAAAUCUAACUUGAACUGACAAUUGAAUUUACUUAUCCCAUUUAGUGUGAAUCUUCAUGUAUUUUGCUGCAGAAAUAUUAGCAUGUUUGAUUAUUUGGUGGAGAAGGCUGCUGCCACAUACGCUGCUGGGUGUUUAUUUAGUAUGGUAUAUGCACUGAAUAUUCUUUCAAAAACCUGAAAAUUUCAUAAUUCUGAAACAUCUGGCUCUAACAACUUCAGAUAAAGGAUUGUGGAUCUAUCAUCUUGUUAAGUAACUUAAAAGAUGCUUGUUUUUAAAAAAUGUGAAAUGCUUUUGUAUUAUAGACAGUUUUUCACUUGGUGUAUUAAAUGAUUUUUAAAUUAC